AAGUCAUACACGUCGAAAGCAAGCAUCUCACAAGAAAUUUCUACAGUAUCUUACGCCUCUUAAUCGAUGUUAAAAGAUGAUCCUAAAAGUUAUUUGUGUGGUUGUGAUUCUGUCAGUUUCCCUGGAUGCUGUCCCUCCAGAUUACAGAUAUAAAACGCUGCAAGAUAACUCCCAGUGCAAGAUAGAAGCUAGGCUAGGGUUACCCACGAAGAAGGCUCCCAGCACCACAACAGAAACCGAAGAAAAUUUAGAUGACGAAGAGUUACCCGGGCUUCUCAACAACUUUUGGGCUGUCGAUAACCUUCCCAAGCAGUCGCCUUACGUUUCUGUAGUGAAACUGCCGGAUGUUUAUCUGGACCAGGACCGGCCUUGCCCAAUUUCCGACAUGAUGACCGUGGAGAAAUCGGAGAUUACCGAGGAGGCUAGAGAUCUGCACGCCCCGGAGUUCGGGGAGCGACCUCUGUAUGACCAAUCGAUGCAGAUGAUGGACAACGUGGGUAACAGGAACCUGCAGCAGCAAUAUCCGAGUUAUAUGCCACCACCAUACCCUCCAGGUACCUUGCUGACUUAUGAUUUUGAUUAUGACGGUGAUAACAACACCUUGCACCCUCAAGAGGAGGUUCAAAGCUGCCCUGAUCAGGUUUUGAAGGAGGAGGAACCGGAGAAACCAGCUGUUGUCGCAUCUACUGAAAAAGCUAAAGAAAUAACAAAGGCAACAACAGUUAAAGUGUCCACCACAACAGCUUGCGAUGUGACCACCACUGAAGCAGCAACAUCCACAACGCUGAAGCAGAAGGUCAAAGAGGUAUCUGAUGUUGAGACACUGCCUUCGGUUUCAACAGAAAAAGCAACACAUUUGUCGAUUAAAAGCGAGAAUGUUAUGAAGAUAUCUGCUUCACAUAAGAACGAGAAGAAGAAGAAAGAGAAGAGAUGAUAUUGAAGAGAUAAUAAUAUUAGAUUUACGUGAUAUGUAUGAUAUUUUCUAGUAUUUAAUUUAUUCACCUGAUAUGAUUCCUUGCUUUGUCAGUAUUUCCUUAUGUGUAAGUUAUUUAUUAUUGUGGAAAAAAUUACAAAUCUGAAUUAAAAAUUAAUGAGAUUGUCUUUUUGAGAUGAAAAUUUUGGUAUUCACCGAAUUAUGUAAAAAAUUCUAGAUAUGAAUUCCAUUGAAAAUUUACCUUGGAUAAGAUUAAAAUUAGGAGUUCUUCACAGGUUCAGUCAUCUCCUAUAUUGAAAUAGGGUGAAAUAAACCUCUAAAAUAUUGUGCAUAAAA